UAAGAAGUGGCACACACUGCACAAACGAAAAGAGCAAUAGGGCAUGGAGAAGAAGAGCAUUCAUGACAUCCUCCCUGUUGAGUUCAUUCACAGAAUUUUCCUGAGGGUACCGGCUAAACAUCUCACCCGCCUCAGGUGCGUUUCGAAACUAUGGUACUCUCUCAUUUCCGAUCCACACUUUGCUGAAAUGCAUUUUCACCACUCUCCGGCUUCCACCAACGCAUACUUCUUCAUAGAAAAAGGCAUUGUGACUUACUUGGUUGACUUAGAGGCACUAUUUAGUGACAACAAUGAUGCAUUACAAGUAAGAAAGGUGUCUCCCCCUUUGAAGAUGAAAUCACCACCUCAUUUUGAGGUCCUGGGAUCCUGCAGAGGCUUUGUUCUCUUACAUCAACACCCAAGAUUUCUUGUGGUAUGGAACCCACUGACCGGAUCCAGCAAAUUGAUAACUUACUCUCAUAUUGAUUCUUGUAUGCACAAGAACAAGAACUGGCUUCCCUACAAGUUGUGUGUGCAUGGAUUUGGUUAUGAUGCAGGAUGACUACUUGAUUGUUGUAGCUUGCCAUGAUAAGCACGACGAAAUUCACUUUAAUUGCUUGUCCUUGAGAACCAAUUCAUUUAUUUAUCAUGAUGCUGGAUCCCUCAAACACUUGCGUUUUGAUUCCCGGCUUUCUUGUCGGUUGUUUUUGAAUGGCGCUAUUCAUUGGGUGUCUUUCAAUCUUAAAGAUUACAGGUAUGCUAUUAUUAUCUUUGAUCUCAAGGAAAGGACUUUCUCAAUGUUGUCUGUCCCGGAACAACUGGUAUCGAUUUCAUACUCCGAUCCAGGUCUCGCCUUACUAGGAGGUUGCCUAGCCUUUUAUUAUCGGAAUGAUGAUUACUGUAACACUGACAUAUGGGUAAUGAAAGAAUAUAAAGUGCACUCAUCUUGGACUCUCUAUCAGAUUCCUUGCCAAGACUCUCAGCCAUUGUGCUUAUCCAGUAAUGGUGAUAUUAUUGGAAAAGAUUAUGAUAUUGAUAAUAUAGGGUUUUUCAUAUACAAUGUCAGAGGAGACCUGCUCAAGCAUUUUAAAAAUCUUAGUUUUGAAGCCGCCACUGUCUAUACAGAGAGUCUCUUACCGCUCCCUAGUGACAUUAAGGAUAAGGAUAAUCGGCCUUCAGGAAUGGUUUGAACAGCUUGAUGUUGCUAAAGGCUAGCAUCAAGAAGGAUUCAAAUGAAGAAAGAAUACAAUUGAACAGCUUGACAUGUGGAGAAGAACAUGAAAAGUGCAGAUGAACUUUAAAAUCCAAUAUAUCUUUUGAAUCAAAUCUAAUAGUAAUAUUUCUUAGUUGGUUAUGCAGAACUUUAGUUGUUUUAUUUUGUUGAUUACAUAACUUUUUCUUUUAAUCUUACCCUUUAGCAUGGUUGUUUUUAGAAGUUAUGGUAAACCUAGAAAAAAAGAAUUUACAGUAGAUGAGAUAUGUUGAGUAUUUAAAUUUUCUGCACCCUUUAUAUCAAACCAGUAAUCAACCGUAUUGGUGGCAGAGGGGCUUACUUGAACAUGUUUUAAAAGGAUAUUUACUCCUAUAAAUUGUUUCGCUUGCACUCUGUCU